AGGUGAUUGAGAACUGGAUUUUAAUGCUUUCAGGGAAUAAUUAACGGAGCUUGGAGUUGGCAUCUAUUGUAGAUCAUGCCUUCUUAGGGGUCUAGCAAUGCUGCGUUGAUGAUUGGUAAAGUAGCCUACUUAUUGGGUUCAGCUGAAUCAAGUGUGAAUAUGACACCAGACCUUCCUGCAGUGACCAGUGCUAUUUGGCAGGUGAUGCAGAGAAGAGAGACACAGCACUUUGGGAGAGUACUGGAGUUCUUGGAAUUAGUCCAUGCACAAGUGCCAGAUCUGCUUUGUUACAGACACCAUGCAAAACUUAGUGUAGGCCUAAGAGGAAAGAUGGUGCUUGACAUGGUUGAGAAAAGCUGCUCAUUAAUGUCAAUUCUGACAGCGCUAAAUCUCCAUUUUCCCCCAUCACUACCCGAUGAGCCAAAUACAGUGUUGCGGGACCACUCCAGACUCCAACGGUGCCAUUCACAUUUUCGCAAACUGGUUCUUCGAUUGAUACGGGAUGAUAAAUUUCGUAGUAAUUACAUAGAGACAAAGCUACAAAGUGAAUAUGGGGAAACCUUCAUGGCCAGUUUGGAGAAACUUCUGUGGGAAUUUCUUUACCGGCUGCAGACUGUUUUAAUUCACCAGCCUUUCGAGAGCCCAGAGGAAAGUCAACUUACACCGACACAGCUGCCUGGAUCCCAGAAACAAGAUAUGUCAAAGAACUGCCUCUUUCCAGUGGAUGACCAUACUUCACCCAGCUGCUCUCUUCUGCAGAAUGAUCCACAUCUAAAUUUUUCAAAGCCUCCUGCUACGUUUACUACGGAAGAACUGAAAAUGAGGAAAAACCAUAUGAACAAGUCUUGCACUGUGGGUGAUGAAGAGGAACAAGAUCUUUUUCCACUGCAAUGUGAGACUGAACAAAAUUCUACUCAGCCAAAACAAACCUUGAUGGAUUCCAAGGCCUCCAUGCCACAUAUUGCUGAUUCUGAGUCUUCUGGAAAUGAAGCUUUACAUAAUGGCAACCUUGUCACUGAUGUUGGGCAUCAUGACGCUGGAACCAUAUCGAUGGCCAGUCUAAAGAGACCACGUUGUAAGACAUCUGUUUUUGAUAUUUUUGGACUGGAUUGCACUUUGGAGGUAGAUAGUUAUGGAAACCUUUCUCCUCCAAAUCCUUUUCAGUCUCAGGAGAUGGAAACAUUGUUGGGAAAAAAAUCAUAAAAUGGAACGUAUUUUAGCCUUCCAUCGUCAGUAAGUCGGCAAAAUGAAACAGGUACGCAGGGGCCACUGCUUGGAAUGGAUGUACCAAGGACUAACCGCGAGGAGCACAGUUUGCGUAGAAUGCCAAAACACUUUUGUGAAACUGAAGAACAGAAAGUGGCAUGACACAAAAGGAACUAGAAUUCUGAAGUAUAAACUGAGUUUAGAGCACUAUGCCUGUACCAAAUUCACUGUAGUGGUUCCAGCUGUUGGUUGUUUGGAUACCAUGGAGCUGCCAGGACCGUAAAAAAUAAAACUGCAGUUGAGAUAGCCAUAUUGCACGUGGUUCCAGGCUGCUUCAGUAUUGAUUAUUGCCAGUACUAAAAACUUACAUAUGAUGUUUUUAUGAGAAUAACUUAUUUAUAUUUGCAUAAAGGGGUCCUCAUCCAAAAACAUUUUUUUGCAUUGUAAAAGAGAAUGUAAUUCUAAGCAUUUCCAUAAAACAUGUUUUACACAUAUUGCGUGGUUUAAAGUUGUUUUUAAAUGUAGAUCAGUAGAGUCUGGAGCAGAGGGCAGAGACUACACUUUUGGCUCUGACUCCUGAAACAAUGUUGCAAGCCAUCUAGGUAACAGACCUGGAGAAGAAGACUGACUUCUGUUUCAUUGUUUUCAGCGGUUAAGGAGAACUAAAUCCCCCAUGGUGAUAAGUCCUCACUGCCUCCCCCUGCACAGUCUUACCCCUGAAUUCUGUCCCC